AUGGAACAUUGGAUUCAUAAAGAUAUAUCGGCGUCUUCACUCCACACUUCACCUCGUUCAACUCCCAAUAUUUUGAUUCGUUGUCAAGGUUGUGCUCAACAUUUCUCUUAUUAUGUCGGAGACAUGAGACCAAAAUGCAUUAUUCAAGUUAAGCAUAAAGAAUUGAUUCUUCUUGAAGCAUUACCCAAAAAGAAAAAAGAAGACCUCUUUCCUCGUCCUAACGUUCCGAUAAAAGACUUACAAUUACUUAAAUAUAAUAAUUCUAAUGUUCCAAAUACUUUACGCAACAUGGAUCUAAUUACGAAAUUAUUUGAUGAUCUUAAAAUAUCAGAAGAUUUACAAGAUAUAGCUAAUACGCUCGCGCCCUUCAUUGAUUUAGAAUUUUUUACUGAUGGUUCUUAUGAUUCCACUAAUUCCCAAGCAGGUUUUCCUAUGGGCUAUGGUUGGACUACUUCAAAUUUAUUCAAUAGUAACAUCACCUAUAAUGGAUCUUUACAAUUCUUUCCUUCAUCAACCAAGGCGGAAACUAUGGCUAUUUUAACGGCGUUAGUCGUAUGCCCGGAGUUUGGUAAAAUUAUCAUUCAUACUGAUUCACAAGCAGCAAUUGAUUCGUUUCAUAAAUCAAAAAAAUUACACACCAUAUCGCCGAGGCGCUUCAACAAAAUUAACAACAAAAUACUUUGGUCAUCAAUCCAUUUUAUCAUAAAAUCGUUAUCAUUGAAAGUGAAACUUUUGAAGGUCAAAGCCCACUCGGGUAACCAGUUUAAUGACAUUGCGGAUAUUCAAGCCAAAUUAGGCCGCACUCAACCUAUACCAACGACAAUCAUACACGAUCAUUUACCCAACCAAACUAUCACUUUAAACUGGAACAAUGAAGUACCCCUGGAUAAGGACGUUCGUAAAUGUGUCAGUACUAUACUGAAUUAUCGGCGUUUAGAUAAUCACCUCAAUCACGCUUCUUUGGAAUCAAUUAAGAACGACACCAAAAAUCUUCUAAUUAAUUGGGCAUUAUCCAGCAAAUGGUUUAAAUAUAAUGGCCGUAACGAUACAACAUCACUGUUACAUACUAAAGAUCUAAAAUGGAAAAUCAGAUGUUCAACGCUCACGUUACCAACCUUGGACAUAUUGAAUAGGAAUUUCCCUCUACUCAUUAAAGACCGUACACAAUGCCUAUCAUGUCAUAACCACGUUGAAACAAAUAUUCAUUUAUGGGAAUGUUCAGAUAAUUAUGAACUUAUCAAAUCCUCUUUUAUACAAAUGGGAGACAUUUUAAUCGAACUGAUGAAAUCUCACACUGAUAGACUAUCUCUAGUAAUUUCUGAUUCAAUCAAAUACUCUCCUACAUUCAGAUGGGCGUAUCGUUCUGAACCCAUUCAUCCUGUGGCUUAUUUACUUCUUAAAUCAUAUAUAUCCAAUGAUUUAUUAGGGAUUUUUCGAGCACAUAUUAAUACUAUGAAACACAUUGUUAAAUUAAUUAUGCAUUAUAUGCACCAAUGUAGUAUCCUCAUCAAAAUUAAUAUUUGGAAAGCUCGCAACCAGAAAUGGAAAACUUUAAGGGACGCCUGGGGAAUCACAAAAAAGUCUUUUACAAAAUAUCGGGACAUUUUCUCGCGCAAUCAAAGAACCGCAGCUGCCCUUAAUAGGCCGGUAGUUAUCGAUAAUAAUAGAGAUAUGGAAUGUGGAUAUAUUAAUCCUUUUAAUGAUUUUCGUAAUUUUAAAUUAGAUAAAGAUUUUUUAUUCAUUUUAUUUUCGUCAUCCAAUUUUUUACAUAGUGGUUCUUUCUUUUCACAUUUAGAUGAAGUUUUUUCUUUCAAUAAUAUAAUUACUAAUAAUAGUCCUUUUAAUUUUGCUUUUUAUAAUGUGUAG